AGUUGGACGCGAGAUGCGGCGCGGGGCGCCUGCUCGCUGCUGCUGCGCCUCCGUGGGCCCGUGCCCGCCCGACCUCACGCUGCCGGUCCGGCGCCGUCGCUAAACACACACUCGCAAACCCCCACACCUGCUCUUUCCCCACCUUCCCGCGUCGUUGUCGUAAAACGAGUCUGCCGUUCUGUGUGUCGGACAAAUCUUUCUACCUCAACGUGUGGAUCUCUAAGAAAACUUGUGACCCCCAUCCUAUACUAUGUGCCACUACUAAUUACCACUGAGUGCGGUACAGUGUGGUGGCAAGAGACAUCCAGAAGGAAGGUGUGGGCCUCUUCCUAGCGAGAAGCAACACCGGGGGCACCUACUGACUGCGUUUAAGCGAUCUAGAAGCAGCAGCUGUACGUCCGUGUAAGACGGCGGCGGGCGCGCUCUCGGCCAUGCACCAGGGCGCGUUCCUGGGCGCCAACUGGACGGUGCGGCGCAAGGCGUCGCAGGCGGCGUCGCGCCACCGCUCGCUGCACCAGUCGGUGGCGGCGUCGAGCGCGCGCUGGAACGUGCAGGUGGUGCGCGGGAAGGUGACCUCGCGCUGCCUCUGGAACGCCUGCAAGGCGCUCACCGUCGGGCUCGCCCUCCUGCUGCUCGGAACCACCAUGGCCACCAUCGGUUAUUACGCGGACCAGCUGUCCGUGGCCCAGGAGGUGCGAGGAAACCACACGGUGCGCGUCAAGAACGAGAGCCGGGGCUUCCACCUCAACAACCUGUCCUACGCGGGCCCCAUCGUCAUGGGCGUCGGUGGCUUCAUCGUGGUGGCGGCCUGCGUGAUGACGUUCGAGGCGCGGGACAGCGCGGCCAAGGUGGUUCCGGCGCGGCUCAAGGUGACGGGGUCGGCGCGCGCGGGCGGGCAGUCGCCGCAGCCGGGCGCGCAUGCGCACCAGGCGUCGCUGGCCGCCGGCAAGCAGGGCAGCUACCGGUCGGACGCGGGCAGCGCGCGCCGCAGCGCCAGCUGCCAGACCCGCUGGGACAACCACCUCGGCCUCUUCCGCGCCAUGCAGCUCAGCAACGGCGCCGUCGACUCCGGCACGGCGAUGGGGGCGGCGGCGGGGGCGGGCGGGGGCGUCUGCGGGCCGUCGCCCAGCUGCACCGACGUGCUGAGCCGGCGCGCGCUCACCGCCGCCUUCGUGCAGUUCUCCCGCGCGCUCCACCAGCGACAGAUCUCCGUAGAGUCUUCCUCCUCCUCUCACAGCAGGCACGGUCGCGGCGGAGGUUCUCCCGGCGCGCCGCCGCUGCCCAAGAGCCCGUCUGCGCCGAACCUGCAGCUGGACACGUCUCCGCUGCUGCUGCUGCGCAACGCGGUGGCGGCGGGCGCGGGCCGGCAGCCGGCGCUGGCCAAGCCGGCGCGCCUCACGCAGUCCGCGCGCGCGCACCGCCUGCACCCCGCCAGCGCGCUGCUCAGCCCCUACCUGCUGCAGCGACAGGCGCUCUCCAUGGACAACCCGCACUGCUACUCGCCGCCGCCCUCCAUGCUGCCCGGCCGCGACAACGCCGGCAGCCGCGACAGCCUCGAGCUGGGCGCCAGCGCCGGCGUCGGCGGCUCGCAGGCGUCGAUGGCGAUGGACCUGCACCUGGACUGCCCGGUGACGCUGCGCGUGCGCGACCGCUCGGAGACGGCGCGCCGCCACCUGUUCGUGCGCCAGCGGCCCGUCGAGGCGGACGACGGCCGGGAGUCCCGGUCGUGCAGCCCGCGAGCCUCCACGCUGCACCUGCCCUCGCACCGCCGCCAGUCCGCCACCUUCUCCAGGGGCUCCAGCGGCACGGACGAGCUGUCGCUGUCGCGGCUGCGCGCCAACACGGGCGACUUCCAGCGCUACCAGUACCGGCGCGAGUCGCUGCCGCGCGGCAGCUGCGGGCCCGCGCAGCCGGCCGUGGCGCGGCUGCACCACUCGCGCUCCGUCGCCGGCGCGUCGCCCGCCCCGGAGGAGCUGGCCGUCGCCGUGGGCGGCUGCGCCGGCCGCCAGCUCUACCGCCGCGGCUCCGACUACCGCAAGCUGGCCUCCGGCCCCGCGCAGCAGCGGCCGGGCUCCGUCUCGCCCUACUCCAUCACCAGGUCCAAUACAGAUGAAUCACACUCAAAUUUGGAGCUAGCUUACAUUCGCACCACAAGCAGUGAUGGUGCUGAGUCGCGUCUCUCUGUUUCCCCUGUCAAUGUACUGGGUGAUGGAAGCACUGUGGGAGAAGACGUAAUUCAGGAGCUGCAAGAGGAUAAUGACACUGCAGGGAUAGCAAUAACAGCAGUGUCACAGGUGCCUGAACCAGAGACCAUCAGGCCACCUCCAGCUGGAGAGUCGCAGCCUUCGACUUCUGUUGAAGUUGAUGACAGCGAGUCUACUAAUAUUUAGUGCAGUCCUCUGCAGGAACACUCAUUUACUGGCAACUAAUUAUGAAUGCUGUAAGGCAUUUUCUAAAUGGAUUCUCUGUGUAAUAUCACACAUUUCCUUUUUUUAUACAUUGACAAUGUCUGUAAACUUGUACUAUACAAAUUUUAAGUCAUCAUAUGUUGAAAUGAAAACUAAGUGUCAAAUAGUAGACUGUAUUUACUUUUGUCAUUUAUUGUGAUUUAUUUUGAAGGUGUAGUAGAUUAACACCCUGUUCGUUUUAGCAUACCACAUAUUAUAUAUUCAUCAGAUCGACCCACUUCCUUGAUACUGCAUUAAUGUUUUAUUUAUUAGUUAACUUACUUACAGUAACAUGUUAUGUCAUUUACCCAUUUCUGUGAGUGAAAAUUGUUAUUAAAUGUUGCUUCAUGACACCUUA